AUGGCGGCCCUCAGUGCGCUGGUGUCCCAGUGUGGGCGGCUGUUCCGAGGGCUUCUGGCAGGCCCUGCCGCGACCAGCUGGGUUCGGCCUCCAGGUCGCGGGUUCAGGGAAGUGGUGGAGAUCCAAGAAGGGAAGACAACUAUAAUCGAAGGCCGUAUCACAGACACUCCCCGGGAAAGUCCAAAUCCCCCUAACCCCUCUGGCCAGUGCCCCAUCUGCCGGUGGAACCUGAAGCACAAGUAUGGCUAUGAGGAUGUUCUGCUGCUCAGUCAGUUCAUCCGGCCUCAUGGAGGCAUGCUGCCUCGAAAGAUCACAGGCCUGUGCCAGGAAGAACACCGCAAGAUUGAGGAGUGUGUGAAGAUGGCCCACCGAGCAGGUCUGUUGCCAAAUCAUAGGCCUCUGCUUCCUGAAGGAGUUGUUCCAAAAAAGAAACCUCAACUCAACCGGUACCUGACUCGCUGGUCCGUCCGCUCUGUCAAGCCCAUCUACAAUAAAGGCCACCGCUGGAACAAGGUGCGCAUGGCCGUGGGAUCGCCCCUCCUGAAAGACAACGUCCGCUACACAAAAAAGCCUCUGGUGUUCUAUCAGGGUUAG